UUUAUCUGACAGGGUUUCCUGUUAUUUCAUCAGUUUUGAAAGGGCUGACACCAGCUAACACUUCCUUAGACCAAACUCUAACUCAUCUUUGUCUUUCAAGAAUCAACUUAGGUUUUUAAGCAGAAUUUUUACUUGAAAAAUCUCAAAUGGCUAGCUACAAUGCCAUAAAAAGUUUCUGUUGACUCACUUUUUAAAGUAUUACAGAUAUUAGAGAUAAUUACUUUUAUUUGAAAUGAGAGAAGCAAACUACCUACACUUCAUUCACAUUUGUUUCAAAAUGUGGUUCUAUGUGUUGGUAUUGACAGUAGCAUGUCUUGCAUCUGCACAGAUUUGCACACAGAGUAUGUUACAAAAAAAUCCAGAUAUGGAAUGCACUCAAUGUCCGCCAGGCUAUUCCAAAAAGGGUGCCAAAUGUACAGAAUGUCAAACCGGGACAUUUUCAAAAAUAACAAAUGUGCUCUCUAACUGUCUGCGCUGUAGAUCAUGUGAUACAGCAGGAAAUCAACUUAUGGUAAAUCCUUGUAAAUCCACGAAUGACACUGAAUGUGGCUGCAAGAAGGGAUAUUACCCAAUAACCUCUGGCUCAGAUUUAAGAUGCAAAAGCUGCUCAUCCUGCACGAACUGUAGUGAAUGUUCCACGUGUAGUGACACAGAGAAGUGUGAUCUCUGUAAGUCAGACUAUGACAAAGGCGAGGAGAUGAAAUGCACACUAUGCCAAACGAAAGAGUGUUCAAGGUAUACAGUCUGUACAACCCCAUGCCCAGUCACUAGCCCAACCAUAAAUAAAAAACUCGUAACCACUUCACCCAACCCCAGCAUCAGCCAUUUGCCUCCAGACAAUUAUCACGUUCUGACCAUGAUCAUUGUGGUUGCCCUGGUGAUCAUUCUGUUAAUAUCCAGUCUACUUGUCCUGACUAAGAAUGCAUGGAGGGGUCUUUGCCGUUGUUUGAUCCCUGAUAAGAAUCUAUUUUUGCCUACAAGGGACACCCCAGGCAAUGGUCAGCAAAACAGCCCACCUACACUGAUGAUCAACAAAAUGGAAGGGAUUCCUGUAAUGCCACUCUUUUACAGUCCUACCAAGACUGAACACCUUGUCACACCCCUGCUUCCAAACAGAGAGCCCAGAAUACAUCGCCAGGAAACGUAUGGGGAGCUCUGGCCUGCGACGGUGCUGUACGCCAUCAUGAAGGAGGUGCCCCUGCGCCGCUGGAAGGAGUUCCUGCGCCUGCUCUCCAUGUCAGACCGGCAGCUGGAGCGCGUGGAGCUGGAGCCGGGCCUGAGCUCCAUGGAGAGGCAGUACCAAAUGCUACGUCUGUGGAGCCAGGGCCCGGCUGCACGGAUGGAGGACGUCUACUCUGCCCUGCGUUACAUGGACCUAGGAGGCUGUGCCCAACAGCUGCAGGAGAGCCUGGUGCAGCUGCAGCAUCGCAGCCAGGAACCGCAACAGAUGACGCUGCCUUAGUGUUACAGGCCCACUGGCUCGUUGGGACAUCACCAACACCACUAGAUUUGGUGGAGGUUGCUGGGGCAUUAUAUUAUGACUAUACCUCAGAGGUAUGGAGCUGUACCCAGAUGUAAAUGGCAUCAUGACAGGUUCAAAGGACCAACGUCUUUCUUUUAUUUUAUUUUUUUUAAAUAUAUAUAUUUAAUGAAAGUCAUGAAUGAGAUGAUGAAAGAGACAGAGAUCACUACACCGGUCACAAGAGCCUGAGUGAUCACACACAUUUAACUGUAUAUAGUACAUCAACACUUGGACUUUAGUCUUCCUGUUCAACUACCCCUUCAGAGAUUGGUGACAGUCCUGUCUCCUUUCUUUUAUUGUCAGUAUCCUAUCUUAGUUUAAGGAAAGCUCCUUGUUCCCAAUGUUUUAUUUUACUUGAAUGUAAGUUGGAAUUACAGGUGGCAAAUUCUGGAAGAAAGUGUUAACUAGCUUUCCUAUUCAUGAACUUAUACCAUUGACAUUUUCAACGAAAUAAUUACCAUCAUCUGUUUUUGACUAUUACAACCAUAUUAACGUAGUACCUAGUCUUAUAUCGUUUUUUGAGUUCUAAGCAAGCUUGCUAGCAUCACCAUUUACUUUUAGCAAAUACAUCAGAAUAGUUCAGAUUGCAAAUCUAAUAUCACUUCACUGCCCUGAGCACUGAGAUGUGAUCGUUAGACCAGAAGGAAGAAAGGCCCUAAUUGGUCCUGCAAACCACUUUGAGCAGCAUUUAGUUUCCAUGAAGGGGCCAAACGCAAAGCAAGCCAGCAGUGGGAUGCAGGGUGCUGUCAGACUAACUUAUUCCAACUUCCCAGUUACCUAUUUCCAACAAGCACAUUAAGCUAGUGUAUGGCAUCAUUGCAGCAAAAGGAAACUGAUCAAAAGAGGUCCAUUACACUCUCCUUUACAUUUUUGCUAUGUACAAUCAUUAAAUUUAGAUUAGCAAACAUUUUAUAGAUCAUUUUACAGAUCUGAUCUCAGAAUGAAGCUCACUUAAUUUUGUAUAUGUUUUAGGAUUUUCAAUGCAUCAGGGAUAGCAUAGACUGUUUGGUAUAACAGCAUUUUUCAUUGUUGCCUACUGCAGGUUAGUAGGACACAACAUUAUAGAAUCACAGGACCACCAAGGCCCACAGAGCAAUUGAAAUGUGUAAUAACUUACAGACCUUAGUUUGAUGGAAACUAUGAGGUCAGCUGCAUGGUAUCUUUUAAUAUAUUUUUGUAUAUUUUAAUCAUAUCAAUCAAUAAUUUAUCUGGGUUUUUUAUUUAUUUAUUUACCUGUUUCUUUUGAUACGUACAGUAUCUCACAAAAGUGAG